GCCUGUGACGUUCGUUGUUCUAAUGGCGUUGCUGGGCGUCCUUGGCUGAGGGGUUAUAUACAGUGGAGAAUACUGAAUAAUCUCAGGAAGAAUCGUUCGAACAAGAGCAACUUGACAGUGAAAAAAAAUCGAAAAUAUAAAAAAAUGAAGGGAAUUUGUGUUAUUGUACUCAUGGGGAUCUGCGCGGGGGUUUCGGCCAGUGGUAGUGCCUACGUACAUGCCAUUGUCGAGAGCUGCUCUGGGUGCUCCCUGAAUCGUCUUCCUGAUGUCAAGCAGUUCAUUUUCGAGGAUUUGCCGCUGUAUGAUCGAACAGAGUUCAAGCACAUCCAGGGAGCUGUUCCCGAGCUCGUCCUCUACGACAAGAACAACGAGGAGGUAGAGCGCCUCCAACUCUCCAGACUCACCAGAGAAGAGUGCAACGAGCUCCUCCAGGCGAAGGGUUUCGCCCGUAACAAGCGCUCCAAAGACGAGAUCUAAGCCUAUUAAAACUCGACACCUCCUCAAAACUAAUCAACAAUUAAAUCAAAAAGUUUUUGUAUUUUAUUUUUUAGACAACUGCAACAGCACAAUAAAAUAAUUUAAUCUCUCCUCUCAAUGUCUUUCACUCCUUUUUAUUCAAUAUUACGAAAUAAUUGAAGCAGAAAAUUCCA